AUGUUAUAUGAUAGUAAAAGUACCAAGAUUAUCUCACCUCCAAAGAUAUUCAAUGAUUUAGAUAAAAAGUAUCAAUCUCUCUAUUUAUUCUUCUUUUAAGGAGGAAUGAUGCCAUGGAUAUUGUUUAACAUCAACAUGGCGAAGUGUAAAAUUAUAUUGAACAAGUUAAUGAUAAAACAUUGAUAGCAAUUUAAAUGGAAGUAUAUAAAUUAUCAAAUAAUUUUAGGAAUAAAGAUUAAAUUAAAGAUAUUUUCAUUUACUUAAUUAACUUGAAAAAACUAAGUUGCAAAUCAUUAAAUUAGAAGAAAAAUUAAGAUAAUAAAAUGAGUAUUAAUUAUUAUAUUAUAUUGUUUAGUCUUGAAAAUCAUCCUUAAAUAAAAUAAAUAAUAAGUGAAUUAUCAAAAGUAGAUUAAUAUCGUUUAGCAUUAAUAAAAAAAGUACUCCAUUUAUUAUUUAUUAGACUUAAUAAUUAACAUAAGAAUUACAAUUAAACUAAUUUACAAUCAAAGAACUUAAAGAAUAAGUUUAAAAUAAGCGUCUUUAAAUAAGAGAUUGUGUUAGAGAUUGUUGGCAAAUAUAAUAAUAAAUUAUUAAUUCUAAAUCUAAUUAUACAUAAUCUACAUCUAGAACAGUAAUUUAUUGAAAACAUAAUAUUAGUAAAGAAUUCAAUUACAAAGUCUUGAUAUCAGUAGUAAUAGAAGCAAUAUCAAUCUAUUUAUAACUAAUUAAGAUACAAAUACUAAUAGAUUGAGUUUAUCAUAAUUACCUCCCAUUAAAUUGAAAAUGAACUCUAAAAGCAAAUUAUUAGAGGUUCUUCAAAAAGCAACUUUUAGGGGAUAAUAAUAAGUAACACUAAUUUAACAUUUAAUUUAUUUAGCCUGUUAAUGAUAUUAUUGAAAUAUAUAAAUAAAUUAAUAUUUUGAGGAGAAGAAUUACUGAAUAGAGGCAUGAAAUAAAGAAAAAGUAGAAUUAAUACAGUUCCAUAAGAAAUUUACUUGUUUAUUGUGCAAAUCUAUCUUUAAAAUAAUUUAAAAAUAAAUAGAAAAUUACAAAUUAUAAUGGAUAUGCAAAUUCAAUUUAUUUUGAUUUUAGUACAUCAAUGAAUUAAUCUAUUACUGAACAUUCAAAUAAUCCUAAUAAAGAAAGAAAAAUUUAAAAUAUAUUAUAUGAUACUCUUUAACAAAUAAUGAUUAAUAUGAUUGAUGCAUAAUAAAAAAAUGAGUAAAACUUAACUGAAGAAACAAUGUAAUAAAAAUAUUUGAUAAUAAUAGUAUAAAAAAUGCAAUUUCUUUAGAAUAAUUUAUGUAAUUCUCUUCAGAAUAGAUUUUGGGAUUAUUGGCACUAUAACCAAGAUUGAUGCAAGAAUUAUUAGAGAAAUUCGAAUUAAAAUAUAGAUAAUUAGGUAUUUUAUCUUAAAAGAUGAAAAAUUUAACAUAAAAUUUUUGA